GUCGCUAUGGGUUCCACCGCUACCCCGGAGGGAGCGCUGGGCUAUGUCCGAGAGUUCACUCGCCACUCCUCCGACGUGCUGGGCAAUCUGAAUGAGCUGCGCCUGCGCGGGAUCCUCACUGACGUCACGCUGCUAGUUGGCGGGCAACCCCUCAGAGCGCACAAGGCAGUUCUUAUCGCCUGCAGUGGCUUCUUCUACUCAAUUUUUCGGGGCCGUGCGGGAGUGGGGGUGGACGUGCUCUCUCUGCCCGGGGGCCCCGAAGCCAGAGGCUUCACUACUCUUUUGGACUUCAUGUACACCUCGCGCCUGCGCCUCUCUCCGGCCACUGCACCAGCCGUCCUUGCAGCUGCCACCUACUUGCAGAUGGAGCACGUGGUCCAAGCAUGCCACCGCUUCAUCCAGGCCAGCUAUGAACCUCUGGGCAUCUCCCUACAACCCCUGGAAGCAGAACCCCCCAUCCCUCCAACGGCUCCUCCACCAGGCAGUCCCAGGCGCUCCGAAGGACACCCAGACCCACCUACUGAGUCUCGAAGCUGCAGUCAAGGGCCCUCCAGUCCGGCUAGCCCAGACCCCAAGGCCUGCAACUGGAAAAAGUACAAGUACAUCGUGCUGAACUCUCAGGCCUCCCAAGCAGGGAGCCUGGUGGGGGAAAAGAGUUCUGGUCAACCUUGCCCCCAAGCCAGACUCCCCAGUGGAGAUGAGGCCUCCAGCAGCAGCAGCAGCAGCAGCAGCAGUGAAGAAGGACCCAUUCCUGGUCCCCAGAGCAGGCUCUCUGUGACUGCUGCCACUGUACAGCUAAAAUGUGGGGCUCCAGCCAAUACCCCCCAUCUCCUCACACCCCACUCUCAAGAGACCACUGGGUCACCCUCUGAGCCAGCUCGUCCACCACCAGGAAGUGAAUUUUUCAGCUGCCAAAACUGUGAGGCUGUGGCAGGGUGCUCAUCGGGGCUGGACCCCUUGGCCGAGGACAAGCCCUAUAAGUGUCAGCUCUGCCGGUCUGCCUUCCGAUACAAGGGCAACCUGGCCAGUCACCGCACGGUGCACACAGGGGAAAAGCCCUACCACUGCUCCAUCUGCGGCGCCCGUUUUAACCGGCCCGCUAACCUGAAAACUCACAGCCGCAUCCAUUCCGGAGAAAAGCCCUAUAAGUGUGAGACUUGCGGCUCGCGCUUUGUACAGGUAGCGCACCUGCGGGCUCACGUGCUGAUCCACACUGGGGAGAAGCCCUAUCCUUGCCCUACCUGCGGGACUCGCUUCCGCCACCUACAGACCCUCAAGAGCCACGUUCGCAUCCACACGGGAGAGAAGCCUUACCACUGUGACCCCUGCGGCCUGCAUUUCCGGCACAAGAGUCAACUGCGGCUGCAUCUGCGCCAGAAACAUGGAGCUGCUACCAACACCAAAGUGCACUACCACAUUCUGGGGGGGCCCUAGCUCCUGGAGGCCAGGAAAAGCUGCAGGCUCAGGCCUGGCUUCACUGUCAGGCUUGGGCAUGGGGGUGUGCAAGUCCACUCUGGUAUCAGAAACUGCUGCCACCUUAAUUUCUCGCUGGGAAGAGCAGGGGUGGCAGAUCCCAGCUAGAUCUGCCUCUGUUUUGCUGGUCAAAACCUCUUCCCCACAAUCCAGAUUGUUUCUGAGGAGAGAGCUAGCUAGGGGAUGGGGGAGGAGAGAGACUGGAGACCUGGUUUCCUUAAGGGAACAGCUCUCCACCCGCGGCCCCCAUCACAUUCAGUUUAUCUGUAAAUAUAAUUUAUUGAAGCCUUUGGGUGGCACCAGGGCCUUCAUUCUAUUGCAUUUCCCACUUUCCUCUUCCAUGAAUGUGUUCAAAAGUGACCCAAAACACAGAAGGUGAGGUCACAGCUCUGCUGGCAGAGAAUAUUAACAUUUGGCUCUCUCCUUUGGCUUGAGUGUAUUACAUUAUUAUUGUCAUAAUUUUAUCUUUAGAAUUGUUCUUUCUCCUGUUUGCUUGUUGGCUUGUGUAAAAUGGAGAAAGGGGUUCUCUGUGUCCUGUCCCUCCAAUUCUAGGUCUGGAACCUUUGUUUGUCCUAGGGCAGUUCCAGGAACUUGUUGGAUUGUGGAAUUGGGUCAGGAAACCUCUCUGGUGUUCUGGAUGUUGUAGGUUCUCUAGCAGGCUAGAACUGGAUAUAGACAUUUCUCUUGUCUUAAAGGGUGAUAGGAAGCUUUGUGGUGAGCCUUAAAUGGAGGUAAUAAAUGCGACCUGUAGGCUGUGGGUGUAGGGGCUGGAUUCUGCAUCACCGCAAGUGGAGGCUGGUAGUCUCCUGAAAGAUGGUCCAGAAUCUAAACUGUCCCAUCAAUCUGGUCACCUGGGUUUGGCUCUGCUGUACCCAUCUAUAAUGGUAGAGGCUUGAGUUGAGCCUGUAAUCCUCCC